AUGAAUGCUAGUGAAUUCCGAAGGAGAGGGAAAGAGAUGGUGGAUUAUGUGGCUGACUACAUGGAAGGCAUUGAAGGACGCCAGGUGUACCCUGAUGUGGAGCCAGGCUACCUGCGCCCCCUAAUCCCCUCCACUGCUCCCCAGGAGCCUGACACAUUUGAGGAUAUCAUUAAUGAUGUGGAGAAGAUAAUCAUGCCAGGGGUGACACACUGGCACAGCCCCUACUUCUUCGCCUACUUUCCCACAGCCAGCUCGUACCCAGCUAUGCUCGCAGACAUGCUGUGUGGGGCCAUCGGCUGCAUCGGCUUCUCCUGGGCUGCGAGCCCAGCCUGCACAGAGCUGGAAACAGUGAUGAUGGACUGGCUUGGAGAGAUGCUGCAGCUGCCAGAGGCCUUCUUGGCUGGGAAGUCGGGAGAGGGGGGCGGGGUGAUCCAGGGAAGUGCCAGUGAAGCCACCCUCGUGGCCCUGCUGGCAGCUCGAACCAAAGUAACACGCCGGCUGCAGGCCACAUCCCCAGGGCUGACCCAAGCUGCCGUCAUGGAGAAGCUGGUGGCCUACGCAUCAGACCAAGCACACUCCUCAGUGGAAAGAGCUGGACUAAUUGGUGGAGUGAAACUAAAAGCCAUCCCUUCAGAUGGCAACUUUGCCUUGCGUGCAUCUGCGCUGCGAGAGGCCCUGGAGAGAGACAAGGCAGCAGGCCUGAUUCCGUUCUUUGUGGUGGCUACACUGGGGACCACAUCCUGCUGCUCUUUUGACAACCUCUUAGAAGUGGGUCCCAUCUGUCACCAGGAGAACCUGUGGCUGCACAUUGACGCUGCCUAUGCGGGCAGCGCCUUCAUCUGCCCUGAGUUCCGUCAUCUUCUGAAUGGCGUGGAGUUUGCAGAUUCAUUUAACUUUAACCCCCACAAAUGGCUUUUGGUGAAUUUUGACUGCUCCGCGAUGUGGGUGAGAAAGAGAACAGACCUAACUGGAGCCUUCAAACUAGACCCUCUCUACCUGAAGCAUAGUCAUCAGGAUUCAGGACUGAUCACUGACUACAGGCACUGGCAGUUACCGCUGGGUCGAAGAUUUCGUUCCUUGAAGAUGUGGUUUGUUUUCAGGAUGUAUGGAGUCAAGGGCCUGCAGGCCUAUAUCCGUAAGCAUGUCCAGCUGUCUCAUGAGUUUGAGUCUUUGGUGCAGCAGGAUCCCCGCUUUGAAAUCUGCGCAGAAGUCACCCUGGGUCUGGUCUGCUUUCGGCUAAGGGGUUCCAACAAACUGAAUGAAGCUCUUCUGGAAAGAAUAAACAGUGCCAAAAAAAUCCAUUUGGUCCCUUGUCACCUCAGAGACAAAUUCGUGCUGCGUUUUGCCAUCUGCUCUCGCACUGUGGAGUCUGCCCACGUGCAGCUUGCCUGGGAGCACAUCAAGGAGCUGGCGACAGACCUGCUUCAAGCAGAAUAGGAGCAAAAGUGAGAGACCGUGAGAUCAAAAGUUGAAAAGAAGUAUAUCUGAAAACCAGAAUGACAGAAAAAUCAUUCUGAUUCCAUGGAAACCUGCUUGUAUGUAGCCACGCGUUUCUUCCUCCAAAGUCAUCCAGAAGCUGUGAUUAUAUCCAGUCACUCAUCAAUGAAGAAAUAUUAUUUGCUUCAUUUAAAGUUAAUCGAGUGGAAUAGCUUUUAUUCAUUAUUUGGCUGUGAUUAAAAAAAAAUCAUAGUUUUUCAUGCUCUUAAGCAGUGAGUGCUGUGGGACAGGAUAACUGAAAUACUUCCUAGGGCAAUCUGUUGUUAUGAGAUUAUACCUAUGGCCCUUAAAUUGUUCUU